AUGGAUAAGUACAAGUUUUAUUACUAUGAUGGUCGCGGAAACGGAGAGUUGUGUCGGAUACUACUUGCCUACGGUCAUUUUGAAUACGAAGAUAAGCGUUUUCCUAAAGAAGGGUCGCCAGACCUCAAAUCAUUUCUGCGCAAGGCACCAAUGCGUCAGCUGCCGGUACUUGAAAAAGACGGUGAUAUGCUGUGCAAAGCACCGGUGAUAGCGCGCUACCUGGCGGAGAUAUUAAAUCUCGCUGGACAGACGACGUGGCAACAAGCAAAAGUCAGCAUGCAUGUACAAGCAACGUUCGACUUGUAUAAGGAUUUAAAGUCAGUGGAGGACGCCACCGGGAAGCCUCGGGCAAUUGCAUGGAAAAAGUUUCAAGAUGAGUUUCUGAAACCGUUCUUGGAGAAUUACAAUAAAUUAAUCACUGAAGAUAAAUGUACGUGGUUGGUGGGGGAUGAGAUUACUUACGCAGAUUUGGCUGUAGCUGAAAUUCUAUCAUUGCUGGCCGAUUGCUACGAUCCUGACGUUCUGUCGGACAACGAUAACUUGGAGGCAUAUGUGAAGCGUGUUUUCGAUGAUCCAAAUAUUAAAGACUCGCUGGAACAGGUCGAAUUGAUCGGCGCUAUUACACCAUCACCAUACGACGUUACUUUCGCGGCAAGGACCAAAGAGGUGAUACACAAAGUCUUCAAAACCGAGGAUAUUCUGAUAACCGGUGAGAUUUUUCCAGGUUUCUUAUAAAG